AUGUUCGAUUGCACCGAGACUUGGCCCAACUGCUUUACAAGAAACAACGUGAAGCCUGACGGAGCUCCGUUCAUCGAGGCCUUUCCUCUGGGCAUUGUCCUCAACUACUGCCUCGGUCUGGUUUGCUCACGUGCUACCCGUCUCUGGCCAACUCUGACGAAGUUGCUUGCGAAGUUCAUCCAGCAGGAGCAGCCAGACUUCAGGUACACGACGAUGCAACUGAACAAGAACUAUGCCACGAAGAUGCACGUAGAUGCCAACAAUCACGGACCGAGCUUCAUCAUAGGGUUAGGUGAUUACACGGGUGGUGAAGUUUGGAUCUACGACGAAAAUGGAACGGUUGAGAUGGAACUGCCGUGUGCUCUACGCGGCUGGAGUCAUCUCAGGCCAGGGCAGAAAGUCCCUGGACGGCUUGAGGAUUGUCGCAACAAGUGGCUGAAGUUUGAUGGGAACACGCCGCACAUGACCAUGCCAUAUACAGGCUCCCGCAUCAGCAUUGUGUACUUUACUCGCAAAGGCUGGCUGACCAUGCUACCAGAGACGAAGGAUACACUGGAAACCUCCGGCUUCAUGCUGCCGGGCGAGGACUACCAAAGUCUGUGCACAACGAAGGAGGACCCCCAGGCACAGGCCAAGAAAGUCGCAAAAGCGCCACGGAGAAUAGCAUCGGCGCAGGACCAGAUUGCCAUUGACAGCGACGACGAGGUGGAUGAGGAUGAACAGGUUGAUGAAGUACUGCGAGCCGAGCAGGAUUCGGCCGCAUGGCCUUCUGGGGAGUGGGCACGAGCCCUGCGGCGAUUCCUCUACGACUCCAGUUCCAAGUUGGUGGAUGAUGCGCAUGAAUUGAACGUUACCAUCUGUGGAAGUGCAACUUGUGCGGGCAUUGCGUUGCAGGAGUUCCUGAGUGAAGUCGCCCCGUUCACAAUCUCAUCAGCCCAUGUGUCAGGUGGCUCGGGACCCCUUCGUUUGUUGAAGAGAACCUGCAAGCCCCAGCACGUGUUUUGCGAUCUGAAUGCUGCGCUCGCUGGGUCCGGCCACUGUGAAGUACAACAUAAAGCAUGUGAGUCAACUCGCACCGAGAACCAGGAUUUCCUCUUUGCAAGUUUUCCUUGCGAGCCGUUCCUGAAUUUGGAUCCAUCAAAGCCUAGUUGUUUUGAUGAUCCAAAAUCAGCGACAUUCCUCUCUGUUCGCUCACAUUUGGGUCUCCGACGACCUCGUGGUUGCUUGCUUCAUUGUGAGGGUUGGCAUCUCCUGCCGGAGGCUUCCCGGCCCUCCGUGUACAGCUUCCUCAUGGAAGGUGAAGACCCACGCAGGUCCGAGGAUCGGCAGGUUGACUGGGGUCUCAGCCGCCUUCAGAACUAUGGCGUGGCCUUUGUCGAGUUGCCCUUGAUGAAGUUUGGGGUUCCCCUUGCUGGGCCAGAUGCGUUUGUGAUAUUGAUCCGGGCUGAUUGUGGCGGCCGUGAAGCUGCCGAUGCAGCAGCAAAACUUAUGCAAGCAAUCGGGGAGCUGAAGCUGCCGGGCGAGCGAAAACUGCUGCCAAGUUGUACGGUGGGUGCCCUUAUGUUGCCGGAGGAGGACCCGCGCGUGGUGAAUGGUGUGAAGGAGGCGAAGCAACUCGAGAAGGCUGAGCGGGCUGCCGGCGGACGCAGGAAGGCGCCGAAGAGCAACACACGGCAGCUGACAGUUGAGGCUCGAGAGUUGGGACUUCAACCCGGUGAUGCUCGAUACACCGAGUUGCUCAGAGGCUCGAAGCCACCUCGGGACAAGUGGCUCAAGCAGGCAGCACCCGACAAGGUGGUCGUCCUCAAUCUGAUUUAUGAGCGCUGCAGGCAGAGUGGGCAGGACAUCUCAAACCUCUGCGCAGAUCUUUCUCAAGGAUUUCAGCCAAUUGGACGCAGAGAUGAUGGACUCCUGCCCCGGCCGAGCCAUGUUAGCAAAGCCACCAGCGACAGACCUGACUACUAUGCCUUCAGUCAUCAUCGGGCCUUGGUCGGUCAGGAGAUCCUGCUCUGCCAUGGAUACCCAAUCUGGAGAAUAGACUUCCGUGGACUUUCGGAGGCAGAGGUCCUGCAGCUGGCAGCAGGUUCGCCAGCCGUUCCCGCAGUUGGUGCUGGCGUCGCUGCUAUCUUUGCUGUUCUUGAUUUGGGUCCGGGACGAAAUCUGAAGCUUCCCAAGUCUCGUAUACACGAGCUCGUGAAGGAUUUCGCCCAACCUGCUGUGCAGGCUUCCCUGACUGCGCCAUCGACUGAAAGUGCAGAGGUGCCGAAUGCUGUAGACCACUGUGACAGCGUCAGCUUCGGAUUGCACGGUGGCAGCUUCGGCCGUGAAGCGCCCGGCGACAGCGAAGAUCGCCGCAAAGAAACCAGCUUCACGGCAGGCCUCGAGCUCCACCUCAAAGUCGACUUCCAGCGACAGCUGUUCUCUGGAGAGUGCAAGCUUGUUGUAGACAAGCUGAAGCCUGGGGUAUGCGACGUCGUUCUUGAUGUCCUCGAUUUGGCCAUACAUAGCAUCACAGACGAGGAUGACGAGCCGGUCGGGUGGCGUGUGGACACACCUGACGGAUCCAAAGCCAAGUUUGGAAAGGCGCUGUUUGUGACUCUGCCUCCAGGCAAACGAUCCAAGAUUUGCGUGCGCUAUGAGACAACGGAGAAGAGCACGGCAAUUCAGUGGCUAACCAGGGAACAGACCACGGGCAAGAAGCAUCCACUGUGUUUUACACAAAGCCAGGCAAUAUGUGGGCGAUCACUUCUUCCCUGCCAGGACACCCCUUCUGUCAAGGCUACCUUCUCGAUUAGCGUCACGGUCCCAACACCACUUAUGGCUGUGGCAUCUGGAGAGCCAGUGGGGGAACCCAUAGAAGCAGAUGGACUGCGCACCUUCACGUAUGCACAGAAAGUUCCCGUGAUGUCCUACCUGAUUGCUGUAAUUGUGGCUGAAUUUGAAUCUCGGGUCAUAGGGAAGCGAAGCCGCUGCUACGCUGAGCCAGCCAUCAUGGAGGCAGCCCGGCAGGAAUUCAGCGAAAUCGUGGACGAAUUCUUGGAGACUGCUCAACAAGUGAUUGGUGGCGCGGAGUAUGAGUGGGGCAGCUAUAACAUGGCGGUGUUGCCUUCUUCUUUUGCCUAUGGGGGCAUGGAAAAUCCUAAUUGCACCUUCUUGAGUGCUUCAUUGAUUCCUGGCGAUCGAAGCCUCACAACCACACUGGCACACGAGAUUGUUCAUUCAUGGAUUGGAAAUUUGGUGACGAAUGCGUACUGGAAGGACUUCUGGCUGAAUGAAGGCUUCACCCGCUAUAUCGAGCGGAGAAUCCUGGGCAACAUUCACGGCGCUGCUUUUCGCGGCCUCCUCCUCCUUGUUGGGUACAACGACCUGGUCAAGACCGUCGACAUGUUGAACAAGCAGGGCAGCUCUGGGUUGACGCGCUUGGAACCGGACAUCGACGAUAUUGACCCAGAUGACGCCUUCUCGCGAGUGCCGUAUGAGAAAGGCUCGCUCUUUCUAUUCUACUUGGAGCAGCUCGUGGGAGGAGAGGAGCCUAUGACAAAAUAUCUGCAGUCUUAUAUCCAGAAGUUCCGCGGUCGCAGUAUCCAAACAAGCGACAUGAAGGCUCAUUUCAUCGAGUUCUUCAAAGGUGUGGCCGAGGUAAAGCAAGUUGACUGGGAGCUCUGGCUGCAUGGCGAAGGGAUCCCCGACUUUGAUCUCACGGCUCACGUUGACAAGACUUUGCUCGAGGAGAGCCGGCAAGCGGCAGACCGCUGGCUGCUGGAAACGCCCCAGGAUCUUCAGAUCAUGUCUCUCAAAGCGCAGCAGGUGAUGCUGAUUCUGGAUCACUUGAUCAAUGCGCUGGCAGAUGGCCAAAGCCUUUCACAUGAGAAGCUCGCGGCCAUGGACGGUCAGUACAACCUCUCUGGCACCAAGAACGUGGAAAUCGGCUUCAGGUGCAAGUCCUCUCGCACACUGUGGCAGGUGGUGCCUGCUCGGAUGUCGCUGCAAAUGGGGGAGAACAACAUCGUUCAAAAGGGCAACAGCGAGAUCAAGCUGCUCGACCACAUCUCCCUCGCAGGCGACCUCAACCAGUUGAAUCUGGUCAGCCAUGGCGCUUUCGGAGAAGCUGAAAAAGCAGAGUCAAACGACAAGAAAGCAAAGCCAGGUGAAGCCGCUCAGAAGAUCAUUUCGGUCUUGAGUGUAGUUGCCCAGCCGGACGAUGGAGAUCAAGAGGAAGGUCGUGGGAUCAAGCGAAAGCAGGAAGAGACCGCUGUCGCUGAGUCUCCGGCUGUUGUCUUCGAAGAGCCCUUGGACUGGCAAGUGCGACUGCGCAAGCUGAACUUUGGGGUGGAUCCCAUCAGCUUAGACAUGAUCAUCAAGUGGGUGACUGAAGCUGCGGAGGACAGCCAGGCCCAGUUCUCUGCAGAGAUCAUCAAGAGCGGAAUUGCAGAGUUUCUUCGACGGGUUUCGAAAGAGGCCAUCCCGGAGGUCCUGGUUCGAGAGCGGCAAGCCUUCACAAACAAGCUGAAGGAAGCUGGGUUUGCGGACAUGGCCAAGGCUCUGGAUCUGGCCAUACGAUCCAUGCAGUUUUCAGAAAGACUGCAAAAGGGCUCGUCACAGACGUGCCUCGACAUGCAGACCAAGCAGUCGAUGCCUGCCUACAUGAACAUGGUGGUGAGGGGCUGCGAUCGCCAGGGUUGGCCCAUGCGUCGAGUCUUCCUUGGCCACUUGAGCCGCGUUGCUUCAAAGUCCGCGGAAGGAGAGGCUGAUGGCUCAGCACCCUCCGAAGGCCUGAUUGAGUUUGGCAAAGCUGGUGGCUGGAAGUACGUGAUGUCCUGGCUGGAUGAAGAGCCGCAGCCGACGACUUGGCCACCGUACCAUGUGCUAGAUGAGCUGGGGAGCAACAUACCCAGUGUUGGCGCUCCCCUGAAGCUCUUUGCGCUGCUCCACAGAGCGCUCACACAUCCGGGAUUCGCUUCCUCAAUGCCAGCACCCUGCUUGUCUCGCUUGGAGAGACAGUUGACAAGAGCCGCCGCACCUGCUCUCGAUCUGAACCUGGACGAGCCUCGCGAUGAGAAGCUCCAGCGAAAACUGCACGACAUCGCAAGUCUUGGUGGUCAGGUUGGAAAUCUCUUCGAGUUCCUGGAAAAGCUUCUGGCAUUUGCAUCAAAAGUGAGGCAUCCGAAGUUGGACAGCACUCCCGGGACGACAGCAUGGCUGGACCUGCAAUCCGAGAGCCGCGAUCUGGUAUGUGCUUACAAAGGUCUUGCAGAUACGCCGGGCUUUGGCUGGACUUCUGUUCUCAAACUGGUCGCAGGCUUGACCCAGGACUUGGACGAGAUCAUUAGGGAGAACAUAAAAGCAGCACAGCAGCGCGAGGCAAAUGUAAAGGAGGAGGAGAGAGCGCGGCUUCUUGAGGAGGCCAAAGCACGCGUGGAGGCGAGCACUGGCACGGUCCUUUCGCUGCUUGCGAACGGAAAGCUUCGCGAGAGGAGUUCUUCGGGUUUACAGGAUUGCUUAGGGAAGAUGAAGCGCCUGGGUGAUUCCAUGCAGCAUCUUGAACAGCUUGACAAGUCUGAAAAGUCCUCGCAGUCCGUGGACGCCUGGGAAGCGGGCCGUGCGGCUGUCAAAGGCUUCUGCCAGCUGAAAGUCCGCUGCUCCAAGGCAUUGCAUUGGCUUCAAAAGAGGCAACUGGGCCACUGCGCCAAGCUUCUCGAUUCUGCCGGCCUCCUGGAGACUCUCGAUCUGGUGAGAGAUGCCCAAAAGCUGAAGACUCUGGGCCUUCCCUUUCGGUGUCAAGAACUUCUCGUAUCGUGCGUCGAGAAUGACGGGCUGUCUCCCAGCCACCUGGAGCCGAAGUUGGAAGAGGUGCCCGAUGUCUGGGAGCAGAGGACGUCUCGGAACUUGAACCUUCAGUACUUCCAAAAAGUUGGUUCCUCCGCCAUGUCCUGGGAAUGGCCUCUGCCAGCAGGCCUGGUUCCAUGGAGGACGGAUGGUAGCGCCGUGGAGCUGCUGCAGCAGCAGGAAGAGGACAAGCUCUUGGCCAGCGCACGACGAAUCUCUGGGGCGCCCAGACCAGGAGACCCAGCCUUCGUUGACGAAGGAUCCUGUUUGCUAUGCCAGCAAGAUGCGACGGACUCGCAUUGGGCAUCGCCAGAACAUAGGAAGCACGCAGCUUACUGGAAACAGCUAGCCGAUCGAUUGGCGAUGAUCUGUGUCGACUUGCAGCGCCUCCCCGAGGAGGCGAAGUCUUUUCUGAAGUUCCUUCCGUAUCAGGGGACAUGCGGUUCAGGCUUCGGACCUGUGUAUAUGCCUGUGAGACGGCAUGCAUAUAUAUGUAUAUAUAUAUACACCUAUAUAUGA